GUCUGUCUGUCCUUCCUGUCUGCCUGCCUUCCUGUUUGUCUGUCGGUCCUUCCUGUCUGCCUUCCUGUCUGCCUGUCUGUCCUUUUGUCAUUAAGUCAGAUCUAUCUGUGUCUUAUCUGUCAAUCAUUUGAUUCAUAAAACCUUACCUACAGUAUUGUUAUCGCUGAUUGGCCCACCUUAAUGUCACAACACUGAAUUGGUUUAUUAGUUAGGCCUAGAUUCAGUCCGCUCAAGUGUUAACCCACGCUAGUCGACACCCGCAUAGCUGGUGUUUUGGUGGUAUUGGAGGUGUAACUACGUUGGCACUGUCAAAUCAGUGAGUGGCUGCUUUUGUGGUCAUUGUCACGCAGCCACACCCAUUCUACCGGCGUUAGAAGUUCAGAGCGAGAAAGUGUAAGCUAUAUAGAAAAAAUUAUGAUACUCAAAUUAAAAUGAUUGAAUGAAAUAAUAAGGUGUAGAUUACAUCACAUAGGGCAGUGUUCAAACUUGUAAAACAGCUGCAUGGGAUUUCUGCUAAUGUGACCUGGUGCAUCCAAAGGCAGUGUCCGCGAUAGGUAUAAUACCAGGAGCCGCUUGUGGAUUGGACAGCUCUAACACAGUUCCACCUCCGACACCGCCUAAACAAAAGCUAUGCGGGUGUCGGCUAGCGUGGAUAUGAUUGAAUCUAGGCCUGAGUCAACAGACAGUUAGUCAAUAGACAGUUAGUUAGCAGACAGCUAGUCAAUAGACAGUUAGUCAGUAGACAGUUAGUCAGUAGACAGUCAAUAGACAGUUAGUCAAUAGACAGUUAGUCAAUAGACAGUUAGUCAAUAGACAGUUAGUCAAUAGACAGUUAGUAAAUAGACAGUUAGUCAGUAGACAGUUAGUCAGUAGACAGUCAAUAGACAGUUAGUCAGUAGACAGUUAGUCAAUAGACAGUUAGUCAAUAGACAGUUAAUCAAUAGACAGUUAGUCAGUAGACAGUUAGUCAGUAGCCAGUCAAUACUUGUGUACUCUGUGUGUCCCCGUGUAAAUAGCCAGUUUUUUUGUUGUUGUAUUUUUCGUACAUAUUUCCCUAUCACACUUUUCAUCCUUCUACUAAAUAUACUUUCCUGCAACCCGCCUCACUCAAUGUGGAACGGAUUCUAUUAUUGACUUACCUUUUAUCUAGAAUCUCCAGUUGAAACUAGCUAGCCAGCUAACUAGCUACUUGCUAUUAGCCACCGUUAGCAGUUUUCACCCAGAACAUCGGAUUUUCUGCCGGAAUAACUGAAUCACUGGACAUUAACACCGGAUCGCAACUAGCUAGCCGCAACCGAAUGGAUGUUGCUGUUGGCUAAUCACCACUGCCCCCGAAGCAAGCACCAGUUAGCCUUGAUCUAGCCUCAAGCCAGGUCCAUAUCCCGGCUAUCUACCUCUCUGUCUACCGGAAGGGAGUAGCCAGCUAACUAGCUACUUGCUAUUAGCCACCGUUAGCGGUUUUUCACCAUUGUCCGUGGCCUGCACUACCUACCAGCCAGGACUAUAGCCUGGACUAUUAUUGGCCAGUCUGCACUGUCUGCACAGCGCGACCCAGAACAUAUCGGUUUUUCUGCCGGAAUCACUGAAUCACUGGACCUUUAACACCGGAUCAUCGCAACUAGCUAGCUGAAACCAAAUGGAUGUUGUUGUUGGCUAAUCAGCCUUGAGCUAGCCUCGAGUCAGGCCCAUCUCCCGGCUAUCUACCUCACAUUUACUUUGUACAUUUAGUCAUUUGCUACGCUCUUAUCCAGAGGACUUCAAUGUGAAUACGGUGUCUAGAUUUUUUUUUUUUUUAUACUGGCCCCCGUGGAAUCGACCCCAACCUAUGCAACGCCUGCCUAUCAACUGAGCUAUCCUCGCAUUCCUCCCCUACCCGGACGACGCUGCAUGUCGCCGCCCAUGAGUCUCCCUGUCGGCCCUGCGACGAGCCUGUAUUAACAGGAUCUCUAGUGGCACAGUUAGCACUGCGAUGCAGUGCCUUAGACCACUGCGCCACUCAGGAGACACAGACAUACCUCUCUGUCAACCGGACGGGACAUCCUCCUAGAGUCGACACGGAGCCCCGCCGAUCCAUCACGACUGGUCUGCCGACGUAAUCGUCUGUGGUUUCAAGAGGCUUCCCAUUGCGACGACCACGAAGAUCCAUCUGCUAGCCCCGGCCCGCUAGCACACGCAAACAACAGCCGUGCUUCCUGCUAGCCUGUGCUGUAGCACCAAUUCGAACUGCACUCGGACUCACAUAUUGGGGCGGCAGGUAGCUUAGUGGGUAAGAGCGUUGUGCCAGUAACCGAAAGGUCGCUGGUUCUAAUCCCCGAGCCGACUAGGUGAAAAAUCUGUCGAUGUGCCCUUAAGCAAGGCACUUAACCCUAACUGCUCCUGUAAGUCGCUCUGGAUAAGAGCGUCUGCUAAAUGACUAAAAUGUAAAUGUAAUAUUGCUGUUCACAGGACCUUAUGAUCACUCAGCUGCACAGCUGAUGCCUGCUGGACUGUUCCUUUACACGGUACCCUGUUCUGUUUAUCUGUUUAGCCUCAGCCCAAACUUUCAUCGCCAUUACCAGUAGUUGUCUUAGCUCUCUCGAAUAACACCUGUAAUUGCUUUAUGCCUCUCUCCCAUGUCAAUAUGCCUUGCCUAUUGCUGUUCCAGUUAGUUCUUAUUAUACAAUUUCACUGUAGAGCCCCAAGUCCCUCUCAAACUGCCUCAAAUAGCUCCUUUGUUCCACCCCCCAUACACGCGGAGACCGGCUCAAUCGGUGCCUCCAGUGAUGCUAUCUCUUUCAUUGUUACCCAACGCUUAGGUUUACCUCCAUUGUACUCAUAUCCUUGUCUGUACAUAAUGCCCUGAAUCUAUUCUACAACGCCCGGAAAUCUGCCCCCUUUAUUCUCUGUACCCAACACACUAGAAGACCAGUUCUUAAAGCCUUUAGCCGUAUCCUUAUUCUAGUCCUCCUCUGUUCCUCUGGUGAUGUAGAGGUUAACCCAGGCCCUGCAGCCCCCAGUAUCACUCCUACUCCCCAGGAGCUAUCAUUUGUUGACUUCUGUAACCAUAAAAGCAUUGUUUUUUUGCAUGUUAACAUCAGAAGCCUCCUCCCUAAGUUUGAGUUAUUCACUGCGUUAGCACACUCCACCAACCCUGAUGUUCUAGCAGUGUCUGAAUCCUGGCUUAGGAAGGCCACCAAAAAUUCAGACAUUUCCAUCCCCAACGACAACAUUCUCCGUCUAGAUAGAACUGCCAAAGGGGGUGGAGUUGCAAUCUACUGUAGAGAUAGCCUGCAGAGCUCUAUCAUACUAUCCAGGUCUGUGCCCAAACAGUUUGAGCUCCUACUUCUAAAAAUCCACCUUUCCAGAAAUAAGUCUCUCACUGUUGCCGCUUGGUACAGACCCCCUCACCCCCCAGCUGUGCCCUGGACACCAUAUGUGAAUUGAUUGCCCCCCAUCUAUCCUCAGAGUUCGUACUGCUUGGUGACCUAAACUGGGAUAUGCUAAACACCCCGGCCAUCCUACAAUCCAAACUAGAUGCCCUCAAUCUCACACAAAUUAUCAAGGAACCUACCAGGUACAAUCCUAAAUCUGUAAACAUGGGCACCCUUAUAGAUAUCAUCCUGACUAACUUACCCUCUAAAUACACCUCCGCUGUCUUCAACCAGGAUCUCAGCGAUCACUGCCUUAUUGCCUGCGUCCGUAACGGGUCCGUGGUCAAACGACCACCCCUCAUCACUGUCAAACGCUCCCUAAAACACUUUAGCGAGCAGGCCUUCCUAAUUGACCUGGCCCAGGUAUCCUGGAUGGAUAUCGAUCUCAUUCUGUCAGUAGAGGAUUCCUGGUUGUUCUUUAAAAGUGCUUUCCUCUCAAUCUUAAAUAAGCAUGCCCCAUUCAAAAAAUUCAGAACUAAGAACAGAUAUAUUCCCUGGUUCUCCUCAGAGUGCCCUUGACCAGCACAAAAACAUCCUGUGGCGUACUGCAUUAGCAUCGAAUAGCCCCCGCGAUAUGCAACAUUUCAGGGAAGUUAGGAACCAAUAUACACAAGCAGUUAGGAAAGCAAAGGCUAGUUUUUUCAAACAGAAAUUUGCAUCCUGUAGCACUAACUCCAAAAGGUUUUGGGACACUGUAAAGUCCAUGGAGAAUAAGAGCACCUCCUCCCAGCUGCCCACUGCACUGAGGCUAGGAAACACUAUCACCACCGAUAAAUCUACAAUAAUCUAGAAUUUCAACAAGCAUUUUGCUACAGCUGGCCAUGCUUUCCACCUGGCUACCCCUACCCCGUUCACCAGCUCUGCACUCUCCGCUGCAACUUGCCCAUGCCCCCCCCCUGCCGCUUCUCCUUCACACAAAUUCAGACAGCUGAUGUUCUGAAAGAGCUGCACAAUCUGAACCCCUACAAAUCAUCUGGGCUAGACAAUCUGGAUCCUUUCUUCCCCGGAGUACUAGCUGCUGCCGAUCGAUGUUUCGGUGUUCGUCUUGUUUGGUCUUUAUUGUUUACACCUGUUUCCCAUUAUGUUGGAUUGUAUUCCCUAUAUUACCCCCUGUCUCUCAUUGGUUAUUUUGUGUGUGAUUGUUCUUUGUCAUUUCGGCAGUUGCUUUGUGUUACGGGUCUUUGUGUUUUCCUCCCUGUUUGGAGGUUUGUUGUUUUGUACGUUUUUACUGUGUUCAGUAAAGUACAUUGCCAGCCGCUCUGUGUCCUGCGUUUGACUUCGCUGACCGCAUACACGUCGCGUGACAAGUAGACAGUCAGUAGACAGUCAGUCAGUAGACAGUCAGUCAGUAGUCAGUCAGUAGACAGUCAGUUGACUACCUCAUCCCCAUAUUGUUAUUUAUUUUGCUCAUUUGCACCCCAGUAUCUCUAUUUGCACAUCAUCUCUUGCACAUCUAUCAUUACAGUGUUAAUACUACAUUGUAAUUAUUUUGCACUAUGGCCUAUUUAUUGCCUUACCUCCAUAACUUGCUACAUUUGCACACACUGUAAAUAUAUUUUCUGUUGUAUUUUUGACUUUAUGUUUUGUUUUACCCCAUAUGUAACUCUGUGUUGUUGUUUUUAUCGCACUGCUUUGCUUUAUCUUGGCCAGGUUGCAGUUGUAAAUGAGAACUUGUUCUCAACUGGCUUACCUGGUUAAAUAAAGGUGAAAAAAAUAAAUAAAAUAAAAAUAGACAGUCAGUAGACAGUUAUUCAGUAGACAUUCAGUAGACAGUUAGUAGACAGUUAAUCAGUAGACAGUUAAUCAAUAGACAGUUAGUCAAUAGACAGUUAAUCAAUAGACAGUUAGUCAAUAGACAGUCAGUAAACAGUUAGUCAGUAGAUAGUUAAUCAAUAGACAGUUAGUCAAUAGACAGUCAGUAGACAGUUAAUCAAUAGACAGUUAGUCAGUAGACAGUUAAUCAAUAGACAGUUAGUCAAUAGACAGUUAAUCAACAGACAGUUAGUCAAUAGACAGUUAAUCAAUAGACAGUUAGUCAGUAGACAGUUAAUCAAUAGACAGUUAGUCAAUAGACAGUUAAUCAAUAGACAGUUAGUCAAUAGACAGUAAGUAGAUAGUUAGGCAGUAGACAGUUAAUCAAUAGACAGUUAGUCAGUAGACAGUUAAUCAAUAGACAGUUAGUCAAUAGACAGUAAGUAGAUAGUUAGUCAGUAGACAGUUAAUCAAUAGACAGUUAGUCAGUAGACAGUUAAUCAAUAGACAGUUAGUCAAUAGACAGUUAAUCAAUAGACAGUUAAUCAAUAGACAGUCAGUAGAUAGUUAGUCAGUAGACAGUCAGUAGACCAGAUGGUAGUGGAAUGAAAGGUUGGCGAUUAGCCAUGUUAUCUAAGGCACUGUUUUCUAUAAAGCCAAUAACGUCAUGCCUGUAUUUGUACAGUAUAAGAGACGCUGGUUAUCAAUGGCUGAUAGUGAAAGAUAUGCCAACCGCUCUUCUGAGUGUUCUGGGUCUGACUAUAUCAUCUGAGCUGAUUGCCUUGGGGGUAAUGACUGAUAAAUGAUCUCAGUGGUGCCUGUCUAAUCCUUCUACCCCCCCUUACCCCACCCCACCCCACCCAAAAAAUAUAUAUAUAUAUAUAUUGUAAAGUGGCUAUCCCACUGGCUUUAAGGUGAAUGCACCAAUUUGUAAGUCGCUCUGGAUAAGAGCGUCUGCUAAAUGACGUAAAUGUAAAUGUAAAUGUAAUUUGCUGCCCUGCCCAUGAUGUGUGUGUGUGUGUGUGUGUGUCUGAUUGUAUUGUUUUUCUCUUUCCCUGUAUGGUCAUAAAGUAAUGCUUAUAGUGAUACACACACACACACACACACACACACACACACACACACACACACACACACACGUCUGGUAAUCCAUCAGUUAUCAUUUCUCAAAACAAUGUAUCUGUUAUAUAUAUAUAUUAAGAUGUGAUGUAUAUGAUGUAAACAAAACAAAAACAGAUGUUAAAUUAAAUAGCAAAUUUGAAGUGUGUCAGGUUGAGACACUACUGUCUGUGUAGACAGAAUAUUCCUGUAAAGGUCUGUUUGUCCUGGCUGGUAAAUACAGAUUUACAGGAAUGACAACAUUGCUUCAUUCCCUCCAAAAAAUCCAUAAUGUCCACAGAAGAGAUUCACUCAGAGUGGCCAAGUCUUACUAAUGCAUUUACCGGACCAGUGGGAUCAAAGGUUAGGAUACUUCCAAUGUCAAUACAUGACUGACAUUCAAACUGAAAAACAGAGCAGAGCAUUUUUGUUAAGAAAUACGUCCUCAGAUAUAUCACGUACAGCAUAUCAAUCAUUAUUAACAAUGACGUAUGUUGCAAAGGCUUUUGAGGAGAUAUGAGUGACUAUUUACUGUAUAGGGAGUUCAGUUGCAAGGCUUGUAGGUUCAUGUUUCUUCUCGACCAAAACCUUAUGGGCCGGUUUCCCGGUCACAGAUUAAGUUUAGUCCUGGUCUAAAUAGCUCAAUGGAGAAGUUCCAUUGAAAGGGCUUUUUAGUCCAUGACUAAGCUUAAUCUCUCUCAGGAAACAGGCCCCGUGUGUAGCAACAGGAGUUUUUCUUGAACCACUUCAUACAGUAUGUUUCAGUUUAGACACCAAGAGACGAUUUCCCAGUCACAGAGUAAGCCUAGUCCAGUGGUAUCUCCAAUGGAAAUAUUGGUCUUAUUCUGUAUCUGGGAAACUGGGUCCAAAUGUUCCAGUGACACCACUCCCUUCACACUGCUUCCCUGUAUCCCUGGUAGUAUCUGUGGCAUCCAGCACCUGGAGCGGGCGGGCAAGAAGCUGACGGUGUUCGACUCCUGGUACUUCUGCGUUGUCACUUUCUCCACGGUGGGCUACGGCGACGUCACGCCCAACGUGUGGCCCUCCAAGCUGCUGGUGAUCAUCAUGAUCUCUGUAGCCCUGGGGGUGCUGCCCAUACAGGUGAGAGUGAUGGCCACAAACACACAGACACGGAGCGCACACACACACACACACACACACACACACUAUUACCACACUCCUAAAUGUUUGCUAAAGGGAAAUCAACUGGACUAAUGUUAGGACAUCUACUAUAGGAAAUGCCAAAUCGAUAGAACGUAUAACCCAUCAUCUUUUUGAGAGUAGGGAAUCAGAUGUUCCAGACAAAUAUAUUAAUGUUAGAGGCAUUGUAGACCAUGUUUCCGUCAGCGCCAAGAAGUCGAGGGACUGGAGGGUAGCAUAGGCUGAGAUGAACUCUGCCUUGUUGGCCGCAGAACGGCAGUUCCAGAGGCUGCCGGAGACGUUUGUAUGGCCUGUGCGUAGAGGAGAGAACAGGGAUAGACAGACACAUAGUUGACAGGCUACAGAAAAGGCUACACUAACGCAAAGGAGAUCGGAAUGAAAUUAACUAAACAUCUGGGGAAACGAGGCCUCCCUCACUAACCUUUCACUGAAACACUCAAAUACAACUCUUCCAACUUCCACUUUAGAAAUGAUAAUUGCUGUAAUCUACAGUAGUUCAAUGUUUCCAGGAAUAGACUAACUUAGUUUAUUCAGCUAGCUAACUUGGUACAGUAUUCUUCUGUGAAAACCGCCCAGGGCACCGUAUCCUAUGACGCCAUAGCUAACUAGCAUGCUAGCAUCCAAUAACACACGGUUUAGCACCAAUACUUGGUUACAACAAACUACCAAUGGAUCAUUCAUGUCCGUGUCUAGUUCCUUUCAUAACGCAGAAGUAAUUAAACGUUCGCUAGCUAGCACAAAGUCAGGCAUGCUAGCUACACAAGUGGACUACACAUCUCGAAUGUUCAGAAAGUGAAGCUUACGUUGCAAAAUUCUCAUUGACGAAAAUGAUACAGUACUGCUAGCUGGUAAUGUUGGCUAGCUAGCAGUGGCUGCGGUGUUGACUGUUUGAAAAUGUAGCUGGCUAGCUAACCUCGAUAGUUUCUCUAUACUACACCUUUGUCUUUGAUACCAAGACAACUAUGUAGCUAGCUAACUUUACACUAAUCAAAUCAUUCCGUUGAAAUGUAUUUAGUUGCUACAGUACUGCUAGCUGGUAUAGUUGGCCAGCUAGCAGUGGCUGUGGUGUUGCUACCCGCUAGCUAGUGUUGGUGAAACCAUAAUAUGGAGAGGAAGUACAAAACCAACGACGUUAGACGGAGAGGAAUUUGCUUAAGCAAAAGGCAGUUUAUUAAACACAGAGAUAGCUGGUACUGCUCAAGCUACAUGCAUGGGAUCCUGCUGAUUAACAUGCAUGGACCUAAUCAUAUGCCACGCUAAUAGUGUCAGCUGAGAAGGAUAAAAAACAGAGUUUACAGCAUUACUUUAUACAAUGUAACAUAGAGGAAGGGGUCCUUCUUCUAGUCCUUUGAUUGGUUCCCGAGGCGUAGGAGGCGGGUCUGCUCUGUCCAGAGCAGAAGCCCCAUUGGUGCACUGCAGAGUCCUCUGCCCUUGGCACCCGACCAGUAGAAAGAAGUGGAGUGAAAUGUCUGUGUGGUGUGUGUCAAAGAACUCGUGAGGCAUGAGAAUGAGUGUGUGUAUGUCUCAAGGGAAACUCGUGGGGAGCAUCAGUGAUUGUGGCCUGUGGCGUGGGUGUUGUCCUUGACAAGAUAUGGUCCUCUGUCCAUUGUUCUUGCAUAGGAACAGCAUUGAUUGAAAACAAGCUCCUAACACAAAAUGGGUCUUGCACAACAUUUUAGUCAGACCAAGCUAUAACAUUUUAUAUUUACUACGACAAAUCCCCCUCUUCACGUCUACUAGACGUGAUCCAUUAAUUAUGUUGGCAUGAAGAUAGUUGAAUCAGUCUUAAAAGAAAAAACAAUAAUGUAGGAAAGAAAACAAAACAUGAUAACGCAUAAUGCAAUGGUAAAAAACAUUCAACCAUCCCCCUCUAGCAUACUAAUUUUAUGGGCAGUUAAUUAAAGAAUGUUAGUCCCCCUCUAGUGAGUGAUUAAAUACAUCAAAGCUGUUGUUCAAAUUCUAUUUCAUCUUCAUUUUGGUGUCAAAUUUUGGUUUUGGCUGCUCAAAUCAGCCCUGACUUCUGUCAGUGAUCUAGAAGGAGUGGGGGCUGGUGUGCAAUGUGUUAGAUGGUGCCAGGGUGCGCCUAAUUUACCUCUGACCUGGACUGAGUGUGAAGUAACCUCCUUCACUUCGUACGGUCCAGUCCACCUGGGUUCCAGCCACUUUCUCUUGUGGACUUUUACCCUCACCCAGUCUCCCACUUUUACCUUCAGUGUCAGCGUACUUCCCGACAGCUCCCCCUCUUGGGCCUUCUGCGCCUGAGAAGAGAGUGCUGCAGAAAAUUCCGUCAAUUUCAUCACAUAAUCAGUCAUUUCUAUCUGUUGUACAUCAAGGGCGGGCAUAUGACCUCCCUCCCUUGGUGGACCUGGCAUUACUCUCCCUGUCAUUAUCUCAUGAGGAGAGAGAUGGGUCCCUGCCCCUGGUGAUGCUCUCAUAGCCAUCAAAGCCAGUGGCAGGGCUUCAACCCAUGACAAUUUUGUCCCUGCACAAACCUUUGCAAUUUUGGCUUUCAAUAUUUGGUUGGGACUGUGGAUGUUACUGAACCGAAUCUGUGCAUGAUUCCGAAUCUUACCUCCACCUUUUUCAGGUGUUUGAUGCUAAAAUGUGUGGUUGUCAGAUCUUAUCUGCCUUGGUAUACCAUAUCUGGGUAUUAACUUAGUUUGUAGCCACUUAAUGACUGACCUAUCUUCCUCUAAUUCUGUAGUUUUCUGUAGGAAUUGCCUCUACCCAUUUUUGAAAACCUGUCUACAGUUUCUGUCAUGUGAGGGUGCCACCAGAUGUGUGAAACCGUUUGGAGGGUUCUAAACUUCCCCUCAUGUGUGGGCCCGUGGGCCUCACUCAACAGUUCUGGGCAGAGUCUAGCUGGUUCAAAUAAUCUUCCAUCAUGGCACCUCCAGAGUUCGUCCUGUCCUCUGCCGCCCCCUCCUGGGCCCAGACUGAGUGUUCAUAGGGUCCUGCUGAGCUCUGUAACUGUGCUAUAUCGCCUUGGUUGAGUUCAGUCUGUGAUGUCGGUGGUAGUAGUAUUGGAUGAGGAUCACGCCUUCGGGCACCUGGAGUUCAGACAGGUGGGUCUAUGGUUGUUGUGGGGGUCCUCCCUUUCCUCUACAGUCUCUUUUAAAAUGUCCAGUUUUUCCACAGUUGUAGCACAGGUAGUUCCUUCUUCUUGGAGGACCUAAUGGGGUGCCCUGCUGAGGCCAUGGUUGUGGUUGUGGGCCAAAAGUCAUGGUGCCUUUUAGGCUGUAUAGUGAGGUGGGGCCAGGAGUGGUGCUGAUAGUGGCCUCUGGGAAAGCUGCUUCAGUGGCCACACACAUCGUAUCUGUUUUCUUUGGUUGCACCCUCCUGCUCUCCACUAUUUCCCAUGUCCCUGUUCUCAGCUCUUCCUCGGCUUUCUCAACUGCCACCUCCAGUCCUUUCUUCAUAAUCUUGAGUUCCUCCUCUGAGGGAGGUACUCCCCUAAGGUAACCUGCCUGUGUCCAUCUUAAGUUUACCUCCUCCCACACUUUCUUAACUUUCUUAUACUGUACUUUUCCCCUUGCUCUCUCUGUCAUUCGUUGUUCUAGGUAUUCAUUAAAUUUGGGUAUGGUUGGGUUUGGCCCUGCCAUCUUGCUUUCCCUAUCUUUAUACACUUAUCCCGUCCCUGGUGUUUUAUUUCCAAGGAUGUAUUAUCGGUAUCAAAUACAGACUUAUCUCAUGUAUGACACCCUCGCAUAUAAAGAGGCUAAUUUAUAUAAUUUGUAAUGCAAUUAUUAUCAUAAGAAUCAGAAUUCCAGUCACAUAUACCAAUGCAGUAAUUUCUACACACAGCACACACCACGCUUUAGUUAUCUCACGCUUGUUCUAGAAUCAUGCACAACCUCAAUAUCAGUCUCCCCAGUCCCCGGUUCCUGAAACCCUAGGUCAAAUUCACUCAAUUCCACAGAUUGGUGUUCAGUCUCAUAAGUCCCACUAUAACUUCCCAUCAUUCAUUACACGUUAUAAUACAUCAAAACACACAGCCAAAAAUUACACGUUAUAAUACAUGAAAACACACAGCCAAAAGCCAAUUGGAAUUGCAAUGCUUAAUGUAUUCAGGCUAUCAAGAGUCCUAGAACACAUUCUCAGUUCGACUGCCACCCUUCACACGUCCUUUUGUAAGGACCAAUUUAACAUGUGAAGUCGGAGAAGCAACUUGAAUUUAGAUUACCAGAGCGUCCUAAAACAUAGUCUCAGUUCGACUGCACCCUUCACACAACCUUAAAAGGCACCUUUAUUAUGUGAAGUCACAGAAGCAACUGGAUCCCUAUCAAGGGAUUUUUUUUAUUUUUUUUUUAGACAACUCAAUCACUAGGAAAGACUUAGUCUCAGCUUAAUUGUACCUUUCACACAACCAUUUAAAUGGAACGUUUUAAAUGUGAAAUCACAAAGAUAACUGGCAUCCCCGGGAAUUUAGUACCUCUGGUCAAUUUCGGUGAUUCUCCCCCACCUAAUGUCUAGAACUCUGCCACAGUUUUGACUUCAACCUCCUCGCAACCUAUAGGGUAGGACCUCCCCUAAUAGGAUUUAUGCAAAAAGUCUCAGUUCAACCUGGGUCCCUUUAGGAAUCUAGUUGUGGGUCAAAUCUUAUCCACAUACUGUGUUAAAUCGCAAUUUAACCCAUAAGAUACAAUCCUCAGUCUUCAGCCACUGGUAAGACUCUCAUAAUAUACAACCAUCAGUAUUCAGUGUUCACAGUACCAGAUAUCUCAUUUAUGCCUUAAUUCAUUUAGGAUGGAAAUUAUUUAACAAGUAUUCAUACUCACACAGUACUACUGAUCAUAAUUUGGUAUUGGUCUACAAUACAAUAUGCAAGAUUUUGUUUUAACAGGCUCUGCUUACCUUUUUAGAAGAGCGCGCUCUGAUCAGGUUCCUGAGGCAAGACGAAUAGUUGAUUUCUCCUGGAUUUCAGGUCACUCUUCCAUCUGUUUUUAGAUCGAUGAUUUGCCUUUUCCUCUCGCACCAACUUUUAGAUCGAAUUAAACCAUCCUCUGCUACCAUUUUGUUGGUGAAACCAUAAUAUGGAGAGGAAGUACAAAACCAACGACGCUAGACGGAGAGGAAUUUGCUUAAGCAAAAGGCAGUUUAUUAAACACAGAGAUAGCUGGUACUGCUCAAGCUACAUGCAUGGGAUCCUGCUAAUUAACAUGCAUGGACCUAAUCAUAUGCCACGCUAAUAGUGUCAGCUGAGAAGGAUAAAAAACAGAGUUUACAGCAUUACUUUAUACAAUGUAACAUAGAGGAAGGGGUCCUUCUUCUAGUCCUUUGAUUGGUUCCCGAGGCGUAGGAGGCGGGUCUGCUCUGUCCAGAGCAGAAGCCCCAUUGGUGCACGGCAGAGUCCUCUGCCCUUGGCACCCGACCAGUAGAAAGAAGUGGAGUGAAAUGUCUGUGUGGUGUGUGUCAAAGAACUCGUGAGGCAUGAGAAUGAGUGUGUGUAUGUCUCAAGGGAAACUCGUGGGGAGCAUCAGUGAUUGUGGCCUGUGGCGUGGGUGUUGUCCUUGACAAGAUAUGGUCCUCUGUCCAUUGUUCUUGCAUAGGAACAGCAUUGAUUGAAAACAAGCUCCUAACACAAAAUGGGUCUUGCACAACAUUUUAGUCAGACCAAGCUAUAACAUUUUAUAUUUACUACGACACUAGCUAGCUUUAAUGGUCCAGGUAGUGGGUUAGCUAGCUAGCCUCGUGCUUCACCGGGCUCAGUUGAAUACACUACAAUACUUACCUACAAUAACUACCUACAAUAACUACCUGGAUAAACUACCUACAAUACCUAACUACAACACCUAACUACAAUACCUACCUACAAUCUAAAUGCAUGGUUUAAGCAGUGGCUGCGGUGUUGCUACCCGCUAGCUAGCUAGCUUUAAUGGUCCAGGUAGUGGGUUAGCUAGCUAGCCUCGUGCUUCACCGGGCUCAGUCGAAUACACUACAAUACACAGGGUUCGAUGAUUAGUUGAUUAUCUGAAUCAGGUGUGUUAGUGCUGGGACGGAAAAAAUGCACUCUGUAGCUCUAUAGAACCAGGAUGGAAGAACACAGUGAUAAAUGUGUUGGAUUGGGUGAACUGCAUGCAUUUAGCCAUGUAUUAAGCCUCUGAUUGAUUUGAGAAUGGUUUUGCGCAGCAUUAGCAGGAUUAGUAAGUUGUGCCUGUGCUGGGUGCUAUUGGUCAGUUUGAGCAGCUGGCCUACCUGUGGAUGGAGAGACAGAAGUCGGGGGGGAACUACAGCCGCCACCGCGCCCAGACGGAGAAACACGUGGUCCUGUGUGUCAGCUCCCUCAAAAUAGACCUCCUGAUGGACUUCCUCAACGAGGUCUACGCCCACCCCGGGCUGCAGGUGUGUGUGUGUGUGUGUGUGUACGUGGGUGGGUGAUUAGGUUGGUGUGUGUGUAUGUGUGCGUUCGGCGUGUGUGUGUGUUUGUGUGUGUGUUUGCUUGGGUCUUGUUCAUUUGGGGCACGCAAUAAAUAUUUUUAAAAGACUUUGCAACAGAAUUGUGCAUUUCUUAUUGGACAAGCCCAGGUAGUCCCUUGCUGUUUCUGUCCAUUUUGCUCCAUUUGGUGCCUAAUGAACACGACCCAGGCUGUUUCUCUGUCUUCCUGUCUAUCUAGGACUACUACGUCAUCAUCCUGUGUCCCACAGAGAUGGACCCCCAGGUGCGCCGGGUCCUCCAGAUCCCCCUGUGGUCCCAGCGGGUCAUCUACCUCCAGGGAUCGGCCCUCAAGGACCAGGACCUCAUACGGGCCAAGUGAGUCACCAACACCAAGGGCUGCGUCUCAAUCCGCUAAAAAACAGUCACCUUUCCUUCAACUGCACUUAUGUGGAAGCGCCGGACUGGUGAAAGCCAAUACUGGUUAGGAAAUAGGGAUCAACCAUAUAGCUUGCCUGUCACCUCUCCUGUUUUCAGAUCAAUGUGGGUAGUUAUACAGUAUAAGAGAGAUGAGGAGAGGAAGCCACUGUAGAGUAUUGAGAUGUACCCACUCAGUAUUGAAUGGGUGUCCUUCUUUUCCAGACUGGACAAUGCAGAGGCUUGUUUCAUCCUAAGCAGUCGCUGUGAGGUGGACCGCACCGCCGCAGUACGUACAUUUGCUACUAUUACCACUACACAAAGUGUUAAAUCAGGGGCAGACUGGGACCAAGAGUCCAGCCCGCUGCCUAAAGAGGCUCCAGCCUACCAGGCAUUUGGCCGAACUGACCUAUGGCCGGUUCGUUUCUUUGUUAGAUUGAGACUAAAUUAAUAUUCGGAAUAUUCAUAAACUAAACUUGCUGAUACCAAAGGCAUUUUAGCCAGUAAUAUUUCCACUUUUUUUUGUUCAGCUAGUCUGAUAACGAAAGGUAAAGCUUUUUCCUCCUCUAUUCACCCCACAGGAGGUUGGUGGCACCUUAAUUGGGGAGAAUGGGCUCGUGGUAAUGACUAGAGCGAAAUCAGUGGAACGCUAUCAAAUACAUCAAACACAUGGUGUCAAGGUGUUUGAUGCCAUUCCAUUUGCUCCGUUCCAGCCAUUAUUAUGAGCCGUUCCCUUAGCAGCCUCCACUGAUUCACCCACACCAGUAGACCUCCAUCUGUCUGUCUGUUUGUCUGUUGGUCUCUCUGGCAGUUCUAUUAGAGUUCUAUUAGAGUUCUAUUAGUUCUAUUAGAGUUCUAUUAGUUAUUUGAGAGUUUUAUUAGAGUUCUAUUAGAGUUCUAUUAGAACUGUACUUCAAGUGACUGUAGGGUAUGACUCAUAGAAAACAUGCCUCUAAUUUCUGAUACAGCAGUUUAUUCCGUUUUGUAGAGUUGAAGCUGUGUCCUGAUCAGACUGGCUAUAGCAUUGUGGUGCUGUUUCAAAAAUAUUUUCAUUGCAAAGUGAGUUGACAAUACUAUGAUACAUACCGGCAAUAGCAUCACUUAUAAUAGGACAAGCACCUAUACAAGGUAGACAGAGGGACUUUGUAUUGCUCAUCUGACGUAAACAUAUCUCUAGUGGCCAGUGUUGUAACCAGUGCAUAAAGCAAUCAAUCAUAAAUCAGCUCAAACAAAUAAAAAUUAACCUCUAAUGUGUUAUUUUUGUCUUGUUUACCUUUAAGGACCAUCAGACCAUUUUGCGAGCUUGGGCUGUGAAGGAUUUCGCUCCAAAGUGCCCUAUUUACGUCCAGAUUCUGAAGCCAGAGAAUAAAUUCCAUGUCAAAUUUGCAGGUAAAUACAGACUAAUGUAUUGUUAAGAUACAUUUGUAUCUGAUGAUGAUUCGGGACCUUGGCAUACAUCUUUCAGGAAUAUUCUGAAUUGUGGCUCCAAUACCUGGGUUAACCCCUCCUCUUUUUCCUCUAUGCAUUUAGGUUAGUCUCAAUAGCUGGGUUUCCAUCCAAUUGGCGACAGAUUUUCAUGUGAAUAUUCUCAAAAUCUGCAUAAAAACAAUAUGCGCAUUUUCCCACCAGAGAUGUGUUUCCAUCCAAUUUACCUGUUGCUUAUAAAAGGCUGUGUGUGAUGACGUAGUGCACAUGACAAUAUAUUUUGCAGUUAAAUUCCCAUGUACCAAAUAAAGAAUACAAGUUAAAUGGGUUUCCAUGGCAUUUUCAACUCUACUGAUGGUUUUGUCCCCCCAAAAUGUUGUGUUAUAUUGCAAAUGUGCCCACUCUGGUCUUGGCGCUUGCACUCUAGCCAACAGCUUGCAGAAACAGUGCGGGUAGGAUAGCCUACAUUAUGAGAUUAAUAUGGACGAAAGAGCUAAAGAUUAAAGGUUAUUUUUAUUUGUCAAAAGGCAGCCACGCAUCGCUCAUCAUGUCUCCAGAAUAAGACCCUCAAUAUUUAUUGGGAAGGAGCAUCAAUCACCGCCUGCACUUUCACCACCUUGUGAAGUUCAUCAUAAUUUAUUUAAUCUGUAGCCUAUUAAACUGCAUACUUUCCCGAGUCGUAGUGGGAGGACCACACAACAUAUCAUCGCAUGACUCCAAGUUUACUUCGAUAUGAUGGAUAUGAUAUCAAUAUUUGCGCAUAAAUGCAUUUCCAUCGCCAUUUCUUGCAUAAUUAAUUUUACAGACACAAAAACAUUUGGAAAGUUUACAGACAAAUGUUCUGUUUCCAUCAGGCCUGUCGUGACAUUUUGUUUUAUCCGACAUGUACUUUACUCGCAUAAACAGGUUGGAUGGAACUUGGUUAUUGAGUCUCAUCUCUGUAAGACUCUUUUUAAAACGUCAUCAAAUGUUGUUCUUCUACAGUCGUGGUCAAAAGUUUUGAGAAUGUAUUGGUCUUCACAAAGUUUGCUGCUUCUGUGUUUUUAGAUAUUUUAGUCAGAUGUUACAAUGGUAUACUGAAGUAUAAUUACAAGCAUUCCAUAAGUGUCAAAGGCUUUUAUUGACAAUUACAUGAAGUUUAUGCAAAGAGUCAAUAUUUGCAGUGUUGACCCUUCUUUUUCAAGACCUCUGCAAUCCGCCCUGACAUGCUGUCAAUUAACUUCUGGGCCGCAUCCUGACUGAUGGCAGCCCAUUCUUGCAUAAUCAAUGCUUGGAGUUUGUCCGAAUUUGUGGGUUUUUGUUUGUCCACCCGCCUCUUGAGGAUCGACCACAAGUUCUCAAUGGGAUUAAGGUCCGGGGAGUUUCCUGGCCAUGGACCCAAAAUGUCGAUGUUUUGUUCCCCGAGCCACUUAGUUAUCACUUUUGCCUUAUGGCAAGGUGCUCCAUCAUGCUGGAAAAGGCAUUGGUCGUCACCAAACUGUUCUUGGAUGGUUGGGAGAAGUUGCUCUCGGAGGAUGUGUUGGUACCAUUCUUUAUUCAUUUACCCCAGUCCUCAGCAGUCCAUCCCUGUACCUUUUUCAGAAUAUCAGUCAGUCCCUGAUGUUUUUCCUGGAGAGAACUGGCUUCUCUGCUGCCCUUCUUGACACCAGGCCAUCCUCCAAAAAUCUUCGCCUCACUGUGCAUGCAUAUGCACUCGCACCUGCCUGCUGCCAUUCCUGAGCAAGCUCUGCACUGGUGGUGCCCCGAUCCCGCAGCUGAAUAGACUUUAGGAGACGGUCCUGGCGUUUGCUGGACUUUCUUGGGCGCCCUGACACCUUCUUCACAACAAUUGAACCUCUCUCCUUGAAGUUCUUGAUGAUCCGAUAAAUGGUUGAUUUAGGUGCAAUCUUACUAGCAGCAAUAUCCUUGCCUUUGAAGCCCUUUUUGUGCAAAGCAAUGAUGACGGCACGUGUUUCCUUGCAGGUAACCAUGGUUAACAGAGGAAGAACAAUGAUUUAAAGCUUCCAGUCUGUAUUUCUAACUCAAUCAGCAUGACAGAGUGAUCUCCAGCCUUGUCCUCGUCAAUACUCUCACCUGUGUUAACGAGAGAAUCACUGACAUGAUGGCAGCUGAAAUGCAGUGGAAAUGUUUUUGGGGGAUUAAGUUCAUUUUCAUGGCAAAGAGGGACUUUGCAAUUAAUUGCAAUUCAUCUGAUCACUCUUCAUGACAUUCUGGAGUAUAUGCAAAUUGCCAUCAUCAAAAACUAAGGCAGCAGACUUUGUAAAAAUGUGUAUUUGUGUCAUAUUUGUGGUCCUCUGUAGCUCAGCUGGUAGAGCACGGCGCUUGUAACGCCAAGGUAGUGGGUUCGAUCCCCGGGACCACCCGUACACAAAAAAUGUAUGCACGCAUGACUGUAAGUCUGCUAAAUGGCAUAUUAUUAUUAUUCUCAAAACUUUUGACCACGACUGUACUUUUCCCCAGAUCAUGUAGUGUGUGAGGAGGAAUUCAAGUAUGCCAUGUUGGCCCUGAACUGCAUCUGUCCAGCGACCUCCUCCCUCAUAACCCUACUGGUCCACACUUCACAGGGCCGGUAAGUACACAACCAUCCUCCACCCUCAUAUCUAGUCAACUCUUCAAUGGUCUACACUCCAUAGGAUCUGUAAAGUACAGUAGGCAACCCACCUACCACUAAGUCUCUACCCACCAACCCACCAAUUCUCUACCCACCAACCCACCUACCACUAAGUCUCUACCCACCAACCCUCCUACCCACCAAGUCUCUACCCACUAACCAAACCACCAAGGUUCUAACCCCCCAAUCACCCCCACCAGUCGCAUACCCACUAAUCCCACCCGACCACCCCAAGGUCUCUACCCAAAUCCACCACCAACCUUCCAAGUCUCUACACCACCAAUCUUCCAAGUCUCUACCCACCAACCCUCCAAAUCUCUACCCACCAACCCUCCUACCCACCAAGUCUCUACCCACUAACCAAACCACGAAUUCUCUACCCACCAACCCACCUACCACUAAGUCUCUACCCACCAACCCUCCUACCCACCAAGUCUCUACCCACUAACCAAACCACCAAGUUUCUACCCACCAAUCCACCGACCCACCAAGUCUCUACCCACUAAUCCACCCACCAACCCUCCAAGUCUCUACACACCAACCUUCCAAGUCUCUACCCACCAAUCCACCGACCCACCAAGUCUCUACCCACUAAUCCACCCACCAACCCUCCAAGUCUCUACACACCAAUCUUCCAAGUCUCUACCCACCAACCCUCCAAAUCUCUACCCACCAAGCCUCCUACCCACCAAGUCUCUACCCACUAACCAAACCACCAAGUUUCUACCCACCAACCCUCCUACCCACCAAGUCUCUACCCACCAACCCUCCUACCCACCAAGUCUCUACCCACUAACCAAACCACCAAGUUUCUACCCACCAACCCCCCUACCCACCAAGUCUCUACCCACCAACCCUCUACCCACAAGUCUCUACCCACUAACCAAACCACCAAGUUUCUACCCACCAAUCCACCGACCCACCAAGUCUCUACCCACUAAUCAACCCACCAACCCUCCAAGUCUCUACACACCAACCUUCCAAGUCUCUACCCACCAACCCUCCAAGUCUCUACACACCAACCUUCCAAGUCUCUACCCACCAACCCUCCAAGUCUCUACCCACCAACCCACCAAGUCUCUACCCACCAAGUCUCUACUCACAAAACCAUCAAGUCUCUACCCAUCAAGUCUCUACCCACCAAUCCACCAAGUCUCUACCAACCAAGUCUCAACCCACCAAGUCUCUACCCCACAAGUCUCUACCCACCAUGUCUCAACCCACCAAGUCUCUACCUCACAAGUCCCUACCCACCAAGUCUCUACCCACCAAGUCUCUACCCAUCAACCCACCAAGUCUCAACCCACCAAGUCUCUACCCACCAAUCCACCAAGUCUCAACCCACCAAGUCCCUACCCACCAAGUCUCUACCCUCCGAAUCUCUACCCACCAACCCACCAAGUCUCUACCCACCAAGUCUCUACUCACAAAACCAUCAAGUCUCUACCCACCAAGUCUCUACCCACCAAUCCACCAAGUCUCUACCAACCAAGUCUCAACCCACCAAGUCUCUACCCCACAAGUCUCUACCCACCAUGUCUCAACCCACCAAGUCUCUACCUCACAAGUCCCUACCCACCAAGUCUCUACCCACCAAGUCUCUACCCAUCAACCCACCAAGUCUCAACCCACCAAGUCUCUACCCACCAACCCACCAAGUCUCAACCCACCAAGUCCCUACCCACCAAGUCUCUACCCACCAAGUCUCUACCCAUCAACCCACCAAGUCUCAACCCACCAAGUCUCUACCCACCAACCCACCAAGUCUCAACCCACCAAGUCUCUACCCACCAAGUCUCUACCCACCAAGUCUCAACCCACCAAGUCUCUACCCACCAAUCCACCAAGUCUCUACCCCAACCAAGUCUCUACCCACCAAGUCUCUACCUACCAAUCCCCCAAGUCUCUACCUACCAAGUCUCUACCCACCAAGUCUCUACCCACCAAGUCUCUACCCACCCAAGUCUCAACCCACCAAGUCUCUACCUACCAAGUCUCUACCCACCAAACCACCAAGUCUCUACCUACCAAGUCUCUACCCACCAACCCACCAAGUCUCUACCCACCAAGUCUCUACCCACCAACCCACCAAGUCUCUACCCCACCAAGACUCUACCCCACCAACCCACCAAGUCUCUACCUACCAAGUCUCUACCCACCAAAGUCUACUACCCACCAAACCCACCAAGUCUCUACCCCACCAAGUCUCUACCCACCCAACCCCACCAAGUCUCUACCCACCAAGUCUCUACCCACCAACCCACCAAGUCUCUACCCACCAAGUCUCUACCUACCAAGUCUCUACCCACCAAGUCUCUACCCACCAACCCACCAAGUCUCUACCUACCAAGUCUCUACACACCAACCUUCCAAGUCUCUACCCACCAACCCUCCAAAUCUCUACCCACCAAUCCACCCACCAACCCUCCAAGUCUCUACCCACUAAUCCACCCACCAACCCUCCAAGUCUCUACACACCAACCUUCCAAGUCUCUACCCACCAACCCUCCAAAUCUCUACCCACCAACCCUCCUACCCACCAAGUCUCUACCCACUAACCAAACCACCAAGUUUCUACCCACCAAGUCUCUACCCACUAACCAAACCACCAAUUCUCUACCCACCAACCCACCUACCACUAAGUCUCUACCCACCAACCCUCCUACCCACCAAGUCUCUACCCACUAACCAAACCACCAAGUUUCUACCCACCAAUCCACCGACCCACCAAGUCUCUACCCACUAAUCCACCCACCAACCCUCCAAGUCUCUACACACCAACCUUCCAAGUCUCUACCCACCAAUCCACCGACCCACCAAGUCUCUACCCACUAAUCCACCCACCAACCCUCCAAGACUCUACACACCAAUCUUCCAAGUCUCUACCCACCAACCCUCCAAAUAUCUACCCACCAACCCUCCUACCCACCAAGUCUCUACCCACUAACCAAACCACCAAGUUUCUACCCACCAACCCUCCUACCCACCAAGUCUCUACCCACCAACCCUCCUACCCACCAAGUCUCUACCCACUAACCAAACCACCAAGUUUCUACCCACCAAUCCACCGACCCACCAAGUCUCUACCCACUAAUCCACCUACCAACCCUCCAAGUCUCUACACACCAACCUUCCAAGUCUCUACCCACCAACCCUCCAAGUCUCUACACACCAACCUUCCAAGUCUCUACCCACCAACCCUCCAAAUCUCUACCCACCAACCCACCAAGUCUCUACCCACCAAGUCUCUACUCACAAAACCAUCAAGUCUCUACCCAUCAAGUCUCUACCCACCAAUCCACCAAGUCUCUACCAACCAAGUCUCAACCCACCAAGUCUCUACCCCACAAGUCUCUACCCACCAUGUCUCAACCCACCAAGUCUCUACCUCACAAGUCCCUACCCACCAAGUCUCUACCCACCAAGUCUCUACCCAUCAACCCACCAAGUCUCAACCCACCAAGUCUCUACCCACCAACCCACCAAGUCUCAACACACCAAGUCCCUACCCACCAAGUCUCUACCCUCCGAAUCUCUACCCACCAACCCACCAAGUCUCUACCCACCAAGUCUCUACUCACAAAACCAUCAAGUCUCUACCCCACCAAGUCUCUACCCACCAAUCCACCAAUUCUCUACCAACCAAGUCUCAACCCACCAAGUCUCUACCCCACAAGUCUCUACCCACCAUGUCUCAACCCACCAAGUCUCUACCUCACAAGUCCCUACCCACCAAGUCUCUACCCACCAAGUCUCUACCCAUCAACCCACCAAGUCUCAACCCACCAAGUCUCUACCCACCAACCCACCAAGUCUCAACACACCAAGUCCCUACCCACCAAGUCUCUACCCUCCGAAUCUCUACCCACCAACCCACCAAGUCUCUACCCACCAAGUCUCUACUCACAAAACCAUCAAGUCUCUACCCACCAAGUCUCUACCCACCAAUCCACCAAUUCUUACCAACCAAGUCUCAACCCACCAAGUCUCUACCCACAAGUCUCUACCCACCAUGUCUCAACCCACCAGUCUCUACCUCAAAGUCCCUACCCACCAAGUCUCUACCCACCAAGUCUCUACCCAUCAACCCACCAAGUCUCAACCCACCAAGUCUCUACCCACCAACCCACCAAGUCUCAACCCACCAAGUCUCUACCCACCAAGUCUCUACCCACCAAGUCUCAACCCACCAAGUCUCUACCCACCAAUCCACCAAGUCUCUACCACCAAAGUCUCUACCCACCAAGUCUCUACCACCAAAUCUCUACCUACCAAGUCUCUACCCACAAGUCUCUACCACCAAGUCUCUACCCACCAAGUCUCUACCACCAAGUCUCUACCCACCAACCCACCAAGUCUCUACCUACCAAGUCUCUACCCACCAACCCACCAAGGCUCUACCCACCAAGUCUCUACCCACCAACCCACCAAGUCUCUACCCACCAAGUCUCUACCUACCAAGUCUCUACCCACCAAGUCUCUACCCACCAAGUCUCUACCCACCAACCCACCAAGUCUCUACCUACAAAGUCUCUACCCACCAACCCACCAAGUCUCUAUCCACCAAGUCUCUACCCACCAACCCACCAAGUCUCAUCCUAUCAAGUCUCUACCCACCAAGUCUCAACCCACCAAGUCUCUACCCACCUACCCACCAAGUCUCUACCCACCAAUUCUCUACCCACCAAGUCUCUACCCACCAACCCCACCAAGUCUCUACCCACCAAGUCUCUACCCACCAAGUCUCUACCCCACCAUGUCUCUACUUACCAAGUCUCUACCCACCAAGUCUCUACCCACCAAGUCUCUACCUACCAAGUCUCUACCCACCAAGUCUCUACCCACCAAGUCUCUACCCACCAAGUCUCUACCCACCAACUCACCAAGUCUCUACCCACCAAGCCUCUACCCACCAAAUAUCUACCCACCAAGUCUCUACCCACCAAGUCUCUACCCACCAACCCACCAAGUCUCUACCCACCAAGUCUCUACCCACCAACCCACCAAGUCUCUACCCACCAAGCCUCUACCCACCAAAUCUCUACCCACCAAGUCUCUACCCACCAAGUCUCUACCCACCAAACCCACCAAGUCUCUACCCACCAAGUCUCUACCUACCAAGUCUCUACCUACCAAGUCUCUACCUACCAAGUCUCUACCCACCAAGUCUCAACCCACCAAGUCUCUACCCACCAAGUCUCUACCCACCAAGUCUCAACCCACCAAGUCUCUACCCACCAAUCCACCAAGUCUCUACCCACCAAGUCUCUACCCACCAAGUCUCUACCCACCAAAUCUCUACCUACCAAGUCUCUACCCACCAAGUCUCUACCCACCAAGUCUCUACCCACCAAGUCUCUACCACCAAGUCUCUACCCACCAACCCACCAAGUCUCUACCUACCAAGUCUCUACCCACCAACCCACCAAGGCUCUACCCACCAAGUCUCUACCCACCAACCCACCAAGUCUCUACCCACCAAGUCUCUACCUACCAAGUCUCUACCCACCAAGUCUCUACCCACCAAGUCUCUACCCACCAACCCACCAAGUCUCUACCUACAAAGUCUCUACCCACCAACCCACCAAGUCUCUAUCCACCAAGUCUCUACCCACCAACCCACCAAGUCUCAUCCUAUCAAGUCUCUACCCACCAAGUCUCAACCCACCAAGUCUCUACCCACCUACCCACCAAGUCUCUACCCACCAAGUCUCUACCCACCAAGUCUCUACCCACCAACCCACCAAGUCUCUACCCACCAAGUCUCUACCCACCAAGUCUCUACCCACCAUGUCUCUACUUACCAAGUCUCUACCCACCAAGUCUCUACCCACCAAGUCUCUACCUACCAAGUCUCUACCCACCAAGUCUCUACCCACCAAGUCUCUACCCACCAAGUCUCUACCCACCAACUCACCAAGUCUCUACCCACCAAGCCUAUACCCACCAAAUAUCUACCCACCAAGUCUCUACCCACCAACCCACCAAGUCUCUACCCACCAAGUCUCUACCCACCAACCCACCAAGUCUCUACCCACCAAGCCUCUACCCACCAAAUCUCUACCCACCAAGUCUCUACCCACCAAGUCUCUACCCACCAACCCACCAAGUCUCUACCCACCAAGUCUCUACCUACCAAGUCUCUACCUACCAAGUCUCUACCUACCAAGUCUCUACCCACCAAGUCUCAACCCACCAAGUCUCUACCCACCAAGUCUCUACCCACCAACCCACCAAGUCUCUACCCACCAAGUCUCUACCCACCAACCCACCAAGUCUCUACCUACCAAGUCUCUACCCACCAAGUCUCUACCCACCAAUUCUCUACCUACCAAGUCUCAACCCACCAAGUCUCUACCUACCAAGUCUCUACCCACCAAGUCUCUACCCACCAAGUCUCUACCCACCAAGUCUCUACCCACCAAGUCCCUACCUACCAAGUCUCUACCCACCAAGUCUCUACCUACCAAGUCUCUACCCACCAAGUCUCUACCUACCAAGUCUCUACCCACUAAGUCUCUACCCACCAAGUCUCUACCCACCAAGUCUGUGAAAGGGAGAAACGUAAAGUCGCUUUGGAUAAAAGCGUCUGCUAAAUGGCAUAUUGUAUUAUAAACGUACAGCCCCUCAUAUUGUACCUAUUGAAUUGUCUGCAGCGAAAGCCCAGACUGAACCCAACUAAAAGUAACACUUCAUAUGAACACCCUCAUAGUGCUUUACACAGCAUUAUAUAGCAGCUCAUAAAAUAUUAUAAUUAUGCUUAUAAUGCAUUAUGAAUAGUGUAUUCCCAGGAAGUGUUACCAAACAUUUCUCUAUGUGCUUCAGGGAGGGGCAGCAGUCUCCAGAGCAGUGGCACAGGACUUAUGGCAAGUGUUCCGGUAACGAGGUCUACAACAUCGUCAUGAGAGACAGCAUCUUCUUCUCAGAAUACAUGGGGAAAAGCUUCCCCUACACCUCCUUCCAUGCGCAUAAGAGGUAAGUAGGUAACACCAAUACCUCUUAGGGUCUAGUCCCAGGGUCUAGGCUCGCAUACUGUCACGGUCGUGUGAAGGAAUUGACCAAGGCGCAGCGUGUGAAACGAACAUGGUACUUUAUUUAGUAAAGCACAAAAACCAAGAAAACACGACUAGUGAAGUCCACAGUCAACCUGACUGAAAACGGAAACAAAAACCCACAAAACCAAGGUGAAACCACACAGUUUAAAUAUGGCUCCCAAUCAGAGAUAACGAGCCGACAGCUGUCACUCGUUACCUCCGAUUGGGAGUCACAUGAAUACAAACAAGGAAGACAACCACCUAGACACCCCAACCAAACAGCACACAACAAAACGAACACACCCUCUACCCAACCUAACCCACACAACACCCAACAAUACAAACACACCCUGGUUCAUAAACAACGUCCCGGAACCAGAGCGUGACAGUACCCCCCCCUAAAGGUGCGAACCCCGGGCGCACCAACAUAAAGUCUAGGGGAGGGUCUGGGUGGGCGUCUGUCCACGGUGGCGGCUCUGGCCCCGGUCGUGAUCCCCACCCCACCACAGUCACAAACUGCUUAAGUAGCCUCCUCCCCCUGACCACCCUCCAAACUAACCCACCUGGAUAAAGGGGCAGCUCCGGACGAAGAGGCAGCACCGGACUAAGGGACAGCACCGGAUUAAGGGGCAGCACCGGACUAAGGGGCAGAUCCUGGCUGGUUGGCUCUGGCGGAUCCUGGCUGGACGGCUCUGGCGGAUCCUGGCUGGCGGAAGGCUCUGGCUGAUCCUGUCUGGCAGAAGGCUCUGGCUGAUCCUGUCUGGCGGAAGGCUCUGGCUGAUCCUGUCUGGCGGAAGGCUCUGGCUGAUCCUGUCUGGCGGAAGGCUCUGGCUGAUCCUGUCUGGCGGAAGGCUCUGGCUGAUCCUGUCUGGCGGAAGGCUCUGGCUGAUCCUGUCUGGCGGAAGGCUCUGGCUGAUCCUGUCUGGCGGAAGGCUCUGGCUGCUCCUGUCUGGCGGAAGGCUCUGGCUGCUCCUGUCUGGCGGAGAGCUCUAGCGGCUCCGGUCUGGCGGACGGCUCUGAAGGCUCAUGGCAGACAGGCGGCUUUGCAGGCUCAGUACAGACGGGCAGUUCCUGCGGCGCUUGGCAGACGGACAGUUCAGACGGCGUUGGGCAGACGGGCAGUUCAGGCGCCGUUGGGCAGACGGGCAGUUCAGACGGCGUUGGGCAGACGGGCAGUUCAGGCGCCGUUGGGCAGACGGGCAGUUCAGGAUCCGUCGGCCAGCCAUGAGCAGCCAGAUCCGUCGGCCAGCCAUGAGCAGCCAGAUCCGUCGGCCAGCCAUGAGCAGCCAGAUCCGUCAGCCAGCCAUGAGCAGCCAGAUCCGUCAGCCAGCCAUGAGCAGCCAGAUCCUUCAGCCUGCCAUGAGCCGUCCAGCCAGGAUCCGCCAGAGCCAGCCAGCCAGGAUCCGCCCCUUAGCCAGGUGCUGUCCCUUAGCCCGGUGCUGCCCCUAAAUCCAGGUGGAGUAAGUUGGAGGGUGGUCAUGUGGAGGAGGCUAGGGAAGCGGGUGGUGACUAAGGUGGGGUGGGGACCACGACCAGGGCCAGAACCGCCACCGUGGACAGACGCCCACCCAGACCCUCCCCGAGACUGUAUGCUGGUGCGCCCGGAGUGCGCACCUUUAGGGGGGGGUACUGUAACACUCUGGCUCCGGGACUUUUGUAUUUGAGCCAGGGUUGUAUUGUGUUUUGUUGGGUUUUGGGUAUUUUCUAUGUUGGUAGUUCUGUUGUGUGUGUUUCUAGGUUUGGUCAUUGACUCCCAAUCGGAGGUAACGAGUGUCAGCUGUCGGCUCGUUAUCUCUGAUUGGGAGCCAUAUUUAUUCUGUAUGUUUUCUUGUGGGCAUUGUGGGUUAUUGUUCCGUUUCUGUCAGUUUAGCAGAGGACUUCACGAAUCGUCGUUUGUUUUGUAUUUCGGUGCUUUUUUCAAUUAAAGUUAGCAUGUUCACUCAACGCGCUGCGCUUUGGUCCGUUCAUUCAUCAGACGAUCGUGACACAUACUUUCUCUUAUUAAGCCUCACUACUGACAAAUUACCACAUUUUCUUCUGAUACCGGUUCCAAUGGUUUGAUUUUCUGUGCUAUUUCAGUUGUGUCCAUGGAUGGGAACGGACAUGUGGGCUCAGAAACUCAAUGCCCACUUUUUCAUCAACACGCCACGUAUCCAGUACACAUCAUCCAAAAAUAAGAUUGAAAGGUGCACUGAUCCUACACAUGUUAAACCAGCCCUAUUUAUGUUUCUUCUAAUACAGGUGACAAUAUGUAAGUCAAGGGUCAAGAGUAGGGCCCUGACCACAUGAACUUACCAGGAAAAGCUUUGGGCCAUAGAAAAAAACUCUGUUUACUGUAUAGGCUAGAAAUGGGCCCCCACGUUUUUCCUGGUCUCGGUCAGGAAAACUCAGGGCCCCAGACAAUGGCUUUGAACAGACAUCACUCUCCCUCUGGUAUUGCCCUCUGUACCUCCAGCCUGUGUGAUCUAACCCUAACCCUCUAUCUCUAUCUCUGUCCUCAGGUAUGGCGUGUGUCUGAUCGGGGUGUGCCGGGAGGACAGUAAGAGCAUCCUGCUGAACCCCGGGCCCCAGUUCAGAAUGAGCCCCAAUGACAGCUGCUUCUACAUCAACAUUACUAAGGAGGAGAACACUACGUUUAAGACUCAGAGGGAGAGGAGGGGUAGCCGGCCCCGUCUGCCUGUACACAGUGUCAUCGCCAGCAUGGGUCAGUAAUAUGAGCUCUGUUCCAAUAUCAAAACGUGUGUACUACCUAGUAUAAAGUGAUGUAUUGGACAAGUAUAUUAAGCAGUGGUGUAAAGUACUUCAGUAAAAAUACUUUAGAGUACUAUUUAAGUAGUUUUUUUGGGGUAUCUUUACUUUACUUUACUAUAGUAUUUUCAGAAAUAUUAUGAAUGAAUUGACUUGUAAGACACAGAAAUAUGCCCACAAUAAAUAGGAUGUUGUAAAUGUUUGUCUGUUCUUUGUAUCCUUGUUCAGGCACUGUGGCCGUAGACCUCCAGGACACAGGCUGUGGGCCCACUCUCUGUCUCCCCCCAGAGGACAUCAAGGGUAACAGCAGGAAGCCCAGCAUCGGCCCUGUGCUAGAGGUGCCAGACACUUCCUCUAUGCACACAGGUGACCUCUAUAGCGACCAAUCAGAGGACGAGACCCUGCCCUCCAACGAGAACCUAUCAACUGAGGGGUAUGUUUUAUUUUAUUUUUCACAGGAGGUUAGUGGCACUUUAAUUGGGGAGAACGGGCUCGUGGUAAUGACUGGAGCGGAAUAGUAUCAGAUACAUCAAACACAUUGUAUUUUUAUUUUUUAUUUUUAUUCAGCCUUUAUUUAACUAGGCAAGUCAGUUAAGAACAAAUUGUUAUUCAGAAUGACGGCCUACCAAAAGGCAAAAGGCCUCCUGCUGGGACGGGGCUGGGAUUUAAAAAAUUUAUAUAUAUAAAUAUAGGACCAAACACACAUCACAACAAGAGAGACAACACAACACUACAUAAAGAGAGACCUAAGACAACAACAUAGCAUGGCAGCAACACAUCAUGGUACAAACAUUAUUGGGCACAGACAACAGCACAAAGGGCAAGAAGGUAGAGACAACAAUACAUCACGCGAAACAGCCACAACUGUCAGUAAGAGUGUCCAUGAUUGAGUCUUUGAAUGAAGAGAUGGAGAUACAACUGUCCAGUUUGAGUGUUUUUUGCAGCUCGUUCCAGUGGCUAGCUGAAGCAAACUGAAAAGAGGAGCGACCCAGGGAUGUGUGUGCCUUGGGGACCUUUAACAGAAUGCAACUGGCAGAACGGGUGUGGUAUGUGGAGGAUGAGGGCUGCAGUAGGUAUCUCAGAUAGGGGGGAGUGAGGCCUAAGAGGGUUUUUAUAGCUAAGCAUCAACCAGUGGGUCUUGCAACGGGUAUACAGAGAUGACCAGUUUACAGAGGAUGAUAGAGUGCAGUGAUGUGUCCUAUAAGGAGCAUUGGUGGCAAAUCUGAUGGCCGAAUGGUAAAGAACAUCUAGCCGCUCGAGAGCACCCUUACCUGCCAAUCUAUAAAUUAUGUCUCCGUAAUCUAGCAUGGGUAGGAUGGUGAUCUGAAUCAGGGUUAGCACAUGGUCUUUGGCACAUGGUUUGAUGCCAUUCCAUUAGCGCCGUUCCAGCCUUUAUUAUGAGCCGUUCUCCCCUCAGCAGCCUCCACUGUUAUUUAUAUAAGAGGUAACCCUGAUACCAAUAUGUCUUACUUUCUGUUCUGAAAUUAGAUCUUUUUUUGGGGUGGAAAGAGACAAUGUUAGCCUUGUGGUCAUUUCAAUAGAGUUAGGUGUCUCCAAAUUUGGUCCUGGAGUGCUGCAGUGUGUGCAGGGUUUUGUUGUAGCUCAGCACUAACACACUUGAUUCAAUUAGCCAUGGUCCAGAACACAGGAGGCUGGUGGCACCUUAAUUGGGUAGGAUGGGCUCGUGGUAAUGACUGGAGCGGAAAAGGCGGGAUGGUAUCAAAUACAUCAAACACAUGGUUUUCAUGGUUUCCAUGGUUUCCAUGGUUUCAUGGUUUCCAUGGUUUCCAUGUGUUUGAUACCAUUCCAUUUGCUCCGUUCCAGCCAUUAUUAUGAGCCGUCCUCCCCUCAGCAGCCUCCUGUGUUGCAGAAUGAAGACCAUGCAUAGAUUGAAUAAGGUAGGUUAGUGUUGGGCUGGAACAAAAGCUUGCACACCCAGUAGCUUUCCAAGACUGGAAUUGGAGACUCUCUGCAGUAGAUGAUGCAUUGUGAGGCAAUCAUGACAUUUGUUUGGCCAUUCAUUUGAAUGGGAGAUACAUACCCUACUGCCCACCCCUGCAGUAAGAUAUGAAUUCUGUGUCUGUUUAUUUCAAGCUAUGUGAAAGGCUAUCCUCCCAACCUGCCCUACAUCGGUAGUUCUCCAACACUGUGCCAUCUAUUGAAGGAGAAAGUACCAUACUGUUGCCUCAGACUGGAAAGGGUAAAUGAUGCAAAUCACUCAUUCAGUUAAAUAAAUAUACUGUAGGUAGUUUUAAGUCAUGUUAACCAUUGGCACUGUUGAGACUGGUUUCCAGACACAGAUUAAGCCGAGUCCUAAACUAAAAAGCAUGCACAAUGGAGAAUCUUUAUCUGUGUCCAGGAAACCAUCCCACAAGUAUAGCCUGUUAUAUAUACUGUAUAUAUAUUUUUUAUAUAUAUAUAAUUUUAAAAAGCAACAACACACAAAUAUACGUUUAUUCUCCCCAUAGGGUUGUGAGCAUAACAACUUUGAGGAUGCCAAAGCGUACAACUUUAAGAACAAGCUGAUCAUUGUGUCGGCUGAGACGGCGGGGAAUGGACUGUACAACUUCAUCGUCCCACUUAGAGCUUCCUACAGACUAAAGAAGGAGCUGAACCCCAUUGUGCUGCUUCUGGAUAAUCAGUAAGAAGACUGUUUAAAAAAAUUAUGUUAUCCUUUUUAUUGAGCUGCCCUCUUGGCCAGGUCUCCCUUGUAAAAGAGGUAGGGUUGCAAGAUUCCAGCAACUUCCCAGGUUUUACAGAAAUCCUGGUUGGAAUAUUCUAGAAAUAAUGAGGGAAUAAGCAGAAAAUCCAGAAUCCUCCAACCAGGAUUUCUGGAAACCUGGGAAUUUUGGGAAAGUUACCGGAAUUUUGCAACCCUAAAAAGAGGUCUUCUGACCUCAAUGGGAUGUCCUGGAUAUUUUUUUUUUAGAUAAAAUAAAAACAUUUUGCUCUUGCUCCCUUUCGGGAAUAUAUCAAAUGAUGUUUUUUGAUAAAUGGAAAGAGACAUCCAUUACAAAACACCAAAAAAUGGUCAAAUAAGCCUACACUUGUAACCUUAAUUGAUACGUCCGCACGCGUUGAUUGAAUUGAUGUGUUCACACACAUCCCAGUCACUCAUCUCUGCCUUGGACUUAUCAUCAAACCAAACCGCAUUUUGGAGUGGAUUUCCAGCCGUUUUCAAGUUCAUUCGCUCAUUUUUCAUGCAACUGACAUGUGGUAAUGAUAAAUAAUAGUGUAAUAGCCUACAGUUUUCUUGACAUCUUUGUUUUAAUUAUUAUGAUAGGCUCAUGUUUUACUGGUACGGCAUACCCCCGGUACCGGAUUACUUUCCCCCCUGAUUUUAUAUCAAGCAAGGCAGCGCCUCCUACCAUAUUUAGUCUAUUUUACAGUAAUAUCUUUCGGAUAUGUCUGGUUGGGUACUGUGACAGCGAAAAAUAACACUAUCUGUGCAUAUGGACAAUAAAGAUGUAUUCAAUUUAAUUACAGUGCAUUAGGAACGUAUUCAGAACCCUUUACUUUUUCCACAUUUUGUUACGUUGCAGCCUUAUUCUAAAAUGGAUUAAAUUGUCCCCCCCCCCUCAUCAAUCUACACACAAUACCCCAUAAUGACAAAGCAAAAACAGGUUUUUAUAAAUCUUUGCAAAUGUAUAAAAUAAAAAAACGGAAAUAUCACAUUUACAUAAGUAUUACUUUCAUUAUGGGGUAUUGUGUGUAGAUUGAUGAGGAACAAUUCGUAAUUUAAUCAAUUUUAGAAUAAGACUAACGUAACAAAAUGUGAAAAAAGGGAAGGGGUCUGAAUCAUUUCAGAAUGCACUGUAUAUUAAAUUAUAUUCUGUUCUGUUCUGUUCUAUGUUGUUAUGGUGUGCUCUGUUGUCUCACCAGGCCUGACACGCAGUUCCUGGAGGCUGUCUGUGGACUCCCCAUGGUUUACUACAUGGUGGGCUCCAUCGAUAAGUAUGCACACACACACACACCCUCAUCACACACUUUAUAACCUUAUACAUGAUCUUCUUUAGUGUAUGUUCUGCAUUUCUAUGUGGCACUCUUCUAGUCUCUCUAUCAAUAGUACAUCUCAAGGAAACAGAAUGAAUGAACCAAAAAGAGCCAUUUCUGAAUUUUUUAUUUAUUUUUAUUUCACCUUUAUUUAAUCAGGUAAGCCAGUUGAGAACAAGUUCUCAUUUACAACUGCGACCUCAUAAAGUCCUGUGUAGAAAGUCAUCUUCUUGACAGCCUCCAAGAUACUAUCAGUUACAAAUUCUCUCUCCACAUUGAAUCCUUCAUAGAUUGCUAGCUCAUAUGCAGGGUCCAGAGUUGUUCCUGGUUAGGGGAAAUAAGUCAAAUUCAAGUAAAAUGUGUGUGUGUGUUUCCCUAGCCUGGAUGACCUCCUGCGCUGCGGCGUGUCCUUUGCAGCCAACAUGGUGGUGGUGGACAAGGAGAGCACCAUGAGUGCAGAAGAGGACUACAUGGCUGACGCCAAGACCAUCGUCAAUGUACAGACACUGUUCAGGUACCUCAACCCCUAUCAAUGUACAGACACUGUUCAGGUAGCAGAACCAUUGUCAAUGUGCAAACACUGGUACCAAAGUCACUGUCAUGGUUUUAACCUUUGGUCAAAAUAAUGUAUAAUCGAAUAUACUGGACCACAUCUUCAGACAUUUUAUGCAGGCAUUUCUAUGAUAUCAAAAGUGUCACACAGUUGAACAUUUUAGAGGUGGGUUUCAAAGAUUAAUUUAUAUAUAAUAUAUGACAGGGAUUUUUUUUCAACCGUGUAGAUUAAAGUACACACUGCAGAGCUAGUUUCCUUGGCAACCUUGCCACACUGCAUCAGUGAAUCCAUUUGUUUUCUGAUUGAUUGAAGUCACUCAUCUCAUAUUUCGUGUUGUCAGACAGUUAAUCAAAUAAAUGUCAACUCACCUUAUAAUUUUCACCAGACAACGUAGAAGCUUGCACAAACAUUGAAACACUUUGAUUUGGGGUUUAUGUUUCAUGAAUUGCUCCCACUGUUAUUAUAUAGUAUAAUAAGAUAUCAAUAGGAUAUAACCUAUAUUAUAAACUGUGUGGUUCGAGCCCUGAAUGCUGAUUGGCUGACAGCCGUGGUAUAUCAGACCGUAUACCACGGGUAUGACAAAACAUUUGUUUUUACUGCUCUAAUUACGUUGGUAACCAGUUUAUAAUAGCAAUAAGGCACCUCGGGGGGGUUGUGGUCUAUGGCCAAAAUACCGCAGCUAAGGGCUGUAUCCAGGCACUCCGCGUUGCGUCGUGCUUCAGAACAGUCCUUAGCCGUGGUAUAUUGGCCAUAUACCACAACUCCUCGGGCCUUAUUGCUUAAUUAGGUAGCUAGUAUAUACCCAUACACAGUAGUAUAGGUAGCAGUUCUUCGCUAAAUAGUGCUAGACCUGGAAUGGUGUUAGUAGAUAGCCUUGCUGUUUAUUUCUUGGGUCGCACAAGUUUAUUAGCUAGGCUAUUAAUUCAUAGUUAUUCAUUUCAUCUAGUCAUUCAUUUAAGUGAGUAUACAAAACAUUAAGGACACCUGCUCUUUCCAUGACAUAGACUGACCAGGUGAAUCCAGGUGAAAGCUAUGAUCCCUUAUUGAUGUCACUUGUUAAAUCCACUUCAAAUCAGUGUAGAUGAAGGAGAGGGGGCAGGUUAAAGAAGGGUUUUUAAGCCUUGGGACAAGUGAGCCAUGGAUUGUGUAUGUGUGCCAUUCAGAGGGUGAAUGGGCAAUACUAAAGAUUUAAGUGGCUUUGAACGGGGUAUGGUAGUACAGUGCAUUCGGAAAGUAUUCAGACCCCUUGACUUUUUCCACAUUUUGUUACGUUACAGCCUUACGUUAAUAGCCUUUUAUUAAAUUAAAAAUAUAUAAUAUAAUACAGAAAUAUCACAUUUACAUAAGUAUUCAAUCCCUUUACUCAGUACUUUUGUUGAAGCACCUUUGGCAGCGAUUACAGCCUUGUGUCUUCUUGGGUACACAUGAAUUUGCUUGGCACACAUGAAUUUGGGGAGUUUCUCCCAUUCUUCUCUACAGAUACUCUCAAAAUACAGUGGGGAAAAAAAGUAUUUAGUCAGCCACCAAUUGUGCAAGUUCUCCCACUUAAAAAGAUGAGAGAUGCCUGUAAUUUUCAUCAUAGGUACACGUCAACUAUGACAGACAAAAUGAGAAAAGAAAAUCCAGAAAAUCACAUUGUAGGAUUUUUAAUGAAUUUAUUUGCAAAUUAUGGUGGAAAAUAAGUAUUUGGUCAAUAACAAAAGUUUCUCAAUACUUUGUUAUAUACCCUUUGUUGGCAAUGACACAGGUCUAACGUUUUCUGUAAGUCUUCACACACUGUUGCUGGUAUUUUGGCCCAUUCCUCCAUGCAGAUCUCCUCUAGAGCAGUGAUGUUUUGGGGCUGUCCCUGGGCAACACGGACUAUCAACUCCCUCCAAAGAUUUUCUAUGGGGUUGAGAUCUGGAGACUGGCUAGGCCACUCCAGGACCUUGAAAUGAUUCUUACGAAGCCACUCCUUCGUUGCCCGGGCGGUGUGUUUGGGAUCAUUGUCAUGCUGAAAGACCCAGCUACGUUUCAUCUUCAAUGCCCUUGCUGGUUUUCACUCAAAAUCUCACGAUACAUGGCCCCAUUCAUUCUUUCCUUUACACGGAUCAGUCGUCCUAGUCCCUUUGCAGAAAAACAGCCCCAAAGCAUGAUGUUUCCACCCCCAUGCUUCACAGUAGGUGUGGUGUUCUUUGGAUGCAACUCAGCAUUCUUUGUCCUCCAAACACGACGAGUUGAGUUUUUACCAAAAAGUUAUAUUUUGGUUUCAUCUGACCAUAUGACAUUCUCCCAAUCCUCUUCUGGAUCAUCCAAAUGCACUCUAGCAAACUUCAGACGGGCCUGGACAUGUACUGGCUUAAGCAGGGGGACACGUCUGGCACUGCAGGAUUUGAGUCCCUGGCGGCGUAGUGUGUUACUGAUGGUAGGCUUUGUUACUUUGGUCCCAGCUCUCUGCAGGUCAUUCACUAGGUCCCCCCGUGUGGUUCUGGGAUUUUUGCUCACUGUUCUUGUGAUCAUUUUGACCCCACAGGCUGAGAUCUUGCGUGGAGCCCCAGAUCGAGGGAGAUUAUCAGUGGUCUUGUAUGUCUUCCAUUUCCUAAUAAUUGCUCCCACAGUUGAUUUCUUCAAACCAAGCUGCUUACCUAUUGCAGAUUCAGUCUUCCCAGCCUGGUGCAGGUCUACAAUUUUGUUUCUGGUGUCCUUUGACAGCUCUUUGGUCUUGGCCAUAGUGGAGUUUGGAGUGUGACUGUUUGAGGUUGUGGACAGGUGUCUUUUAUACUGAUAACAAGUUCAAACAGGUGCCAUUAAUACAGGUAACGAGUGGAGGACAGAGGAGCCUCUUAAAGAAGAAGUUACAGGUCUGUGAGAGCCAGAAAUCUUGCUUGUUUGUAGGUGACCAAAUACUUAUUUUCCACCAUAAUUUGCAAAUAAAUUCAUUAAAAAUCCUACAAUGUGAUUUUCUGGAUUGUUUUUCCUCAUAUUGUCUGUCAUAGUUGGCUUUUACCUAUGAUUAAAAUUACAGGCCUCUCCCAUCUUUUUAAGUGGGAGAACUUGCACAAUUGGUGGCUGACUAAAUACUUUUUUUCCCCACUGUAUGUCAGGUUGAAUGGGGAGCGUCGCUGCACAACUAUUUUCAGGUCUCUCCAGAGAUGUUCGAUCAGGUUUAAGUCCGGGCUCUGGCUGGGCCAUUCAAGGACAUUCAGAGACUUGUCUCGAAGCCACUCCUGCAUUGUCUUGGCUGUGUGCUUAGGGUCGUUGUCCUGUUGGAAGGUGAACCUUCGCCCCAGUCUGAGGUUCUGAGCGCUCUGGAGCAGGUUUUCAUCAAGUAUCUCUCUGUACCUUGCUCCGUUCAUCUUUCCCUCGAUCCUGACUAGUCUCCCAGUCCCUUCUGCUGAAACGCAUCCCCACAGCAUGAAGCUGCCACCACAAUGCACAAUGCAACUUUCCAAAUGCACUAUAGGUGCCAGGCGCACCGGUUUGUGUCAAGAACUGCAACUCUGCUGGGUUUUUCACGCUCAACAGUUUCCUGUGUGUAUCAAGAAUGGUCCACCACCCAAAGGACUUCCAGCCAACUUGAUACAUCUGUGGGAAGCAUUGGAGUCAACAUGCGCCGGCAUCCACCUCAAGCUGAACCUUGGCAAGACGGAGCUGCUCUUCCUCCCGGGGAAGGACUGCCUGUUCCAUGAUCUCGCCAUCACGGUUGACAACUCCGUUGUGUCCUCCUCCCAGAGUGCGAAGAGCCUUGGCGUGACCCUGGACAACACCCUGUCGUUCUCCGCUCUCAUGCUCUACAACAUUCGGAGAGUACGACCCUGCCUUACACAGGAAGCGGCACAGGUCCUAAUCCAGGCACUUGUCAUCUCCCGUCUGGAUUACUGCAACUCGCUGUUGGCUGGGCUCCCUGCCUGUGCCAUUAAACCCCUACAACUCAUCCAGAAUGCCGCAGCCCGUCUGGUGUUCAACCUUCCCAAGUUCUCUCACGUCACCCCGCUCCUCCGCACACUCCACUGACUUCCAGUUGAAGCUUGCAUCUGCUACAAGACCAUGGUGCUUGCCUACGGAGCUGUGAGGGGAACGGCACCUCCGUACCUUCAGGCUCUGAUCAGUCCCUACACCCAAACGAGGGCAUUGCGUUCAUCCACCUCUGGCCUUCUGGCCCCCCUACCUCUGCGGAAGCACAGUUCCCGCUCAGCCCAGUCAAAACUGUUCGCUGCUCUGGCACCCCAAUGGUGGAACAAGCUCCCUCACGACGCCAGGACAGCGGAGUCACUCACCACCUUCCGGAGACAUUUGAAACCCCACCUCUUUAAGGAAUACCUGGGAUAGGAUAAAGUAAUCCUUCUACCCCCCCCCCCCCCCCCCCCCCCCAAAAAAAAUAAUAAAAAUAAAUAAAUAACAUUGUAAAGUGGUUAUCCCACUGGCUAUAAGGUGAAUGCACCAAUUUGUAAGUCGCUCUGGAUAAGAGUGUCUGCUAAAUGACAUAAAUGUAAUGUAAAUGAACUCUUCCGACACGUUGUAGAGUCCAUUCCCCGAUGAAUUGAGGCUGUUCUGAGGGCAACUCAAUAUUAGGAAGGUGUUCCUAAUAUUUGGUAUGCUCAGUGUAUUUUGAAUGUCACAUUUGAUUACAAAGUUGACAUUUUGUUCUGCCAUUGUGAUUUUCAGUUUGAUUUAGUUCAGUUAAUCUCAGCUAUAUUGCGUUUCUUCUCAUCCAGGUUGUUCCCCAGCCUCAGUAUCAUCGCAGAGCUAACCCACCCGGCCAACAUGAGGUUUAUGCAGUUCAGAGCUAAGGACUGGUACUCUCUGGCUCUCUCUAAACUGGAGAAGGUAAGCCGUCACUGAAUGUACACAAACUGUACUUCAAGGCUGAGAUUCAGUCCAAGGCGCGUUAUAGAGAAACGCAUUGGACAGCUGACAAUGCGCAUUUUAAAAGCAAUGUCCCUGACAUUUGCAGAGAUUAUAUUCAUGCUGUAGAUGUAAGCUCAAGCAUAAAUUAAAAGGCACGUUGUCGACUGUUCAGUGUGCUGCUCUAUAACACGCCUUGGAUUGAAUCCCAGCCCAAUCUGUAGAUGUCUCUAAAUGCAAAGUUUACAACUAUUUAUUGUUGUCUACAGUACCACAACGGACCAGGGUUGGAGUCAAUUCCAUUUAAAUUCCAGUCAAUUCAGGAAGUAGACUGAAACUCCAAUUCUCUUUAAUGCUUUUCAAUGAGAAACAUUUUGAAUUAGAGUUUGGUUUACUUUCUGAAUUGACUGGAAUUGACCCCAACCCUGGUACGGAAUAUACAUUGAGUAGUCUUCAAAGCAAAGGAACAGAAGGUUAUAGAAUCAUUAUGUAAAGACUAGACAGUACAACAUUUACAUUUUAGCAGACGCUCUUAUCCAGAGCGACUUACAGUUAGUGAGUGCAUACAUUUUUCACACUGGCCCCCCGUGGGAAUCGAACCCACAACCCUGGCGUCGCAAACGCCAUGCUCUACCAACUGAGCUACACGGGGCCAAGCAUAUUAUUUUUCCAUAGCCCACUCAAACAACACCAGAUGUUGGACCUUUUUUCCUAUGAGAAAUUAUCAUUCAUAGACACAUGUGACAUGUAACAUUUUCAGGGGUAAUAUGUUAUGCGUAUGCAUCCUUUCCUUAAUACGAUUUCAAUAUCGUUCCUGUUGCGGUGUACCUUUCACCUCAUACCAGUAUCGACCACCAGGUGGUGCUCUCCCUCAAAUAUCAAAUCAAAUGUUUGUCACAUGAGCCGAAUACAACAGGCACAGACCUUAACAUGAAAUACUUACUUACAAGCCCUUAACCAACAAUGCAGUUCAAGAAAGAGUUAAGAAAAUAUUUACUAAAUAAACUAAAUAAUAAUAAUAAUCGUAACCUCUUCUUGAGUACCCCCAUUUGGUCGGUUACAGUUCUAACACCUGAAGGACUUGAUGAUAAGGUGACCAGUUGAAUGAGGUUAUGCUGUACUGCAAUAGAUUAAAUAAGUGGAACAGCUGGUUUAUUCAAGGAAAGGUUUGCAGAACGCUGCCCUAACAUCCCACUAGGCAAAAACUAGUUGAAAAAAGUUGUUUCCACUUUAUCUCAACCAAAAAAUGCAAUGUGAUGAUGUUAAAUCAACAUGGAAAACUGAUUGGAUUUGCAAAAAGUCAUCAACGUAGGGGAAUUUUGUAUUUUUUUAUUAAUCCAACUUUUAACCUAAAUUCAAUGACAUGGUGAAAUUUUUGGUUGAAUUCACGUUAGUUGACAACUCAACCAAAAGUAAAUCAAAACUAGAUGUUGAACGGACGUCUGCCCAGUGGGAUUAGUGUGUUGGUCAUUCUGUGCCCCUGUUACAUGUCUAUGGGAGCUGAAAGAGCUUUGUGAUUCUUGCAUGUGUUGAAAAGAGCUCUACAAAUAAAAUGUAUUAUUAUUGAUUAGAAAGAGCGGGAGAAAGGUUCCAACCUGGCCUUCAUGUUCCGCCUGCCGUUCGCUGCAGGGAGGGUCUUCAGUAUCGGCAUGCUGGACACUCUCCUCUACCAGGUAACCAGGCAGGACCCACCUGUUCUGUACAGUAGCAAAGAAGUUAAGAAUGUAUACUCACUGUUGAACUAGCUACCUUUUAAGUAGAGGUUGUUCUGUACUAUAUUCAGAGGCUAAUCUUUUUAAUUAGCCUACAGAGACUAAUCUUUUGAAUUAGCCUACAGAGACUAAUCUUUUGAAUUAGCCUACAGAGACUAAUCUUUUUAAUUAGCCUACAGAGACUAAUCUUUUUAAUUAGCCUACAGAGGCUAAUUUAUUUAAUUAGCCUACAGAGGCUAAUCUCUUUAAUUAGCCUACAGAGGCUAAUCUUUUUAAUUCGCCUACAGAGGCUUGUUAAAACAAGGUUAUAUCUGUGGCACAGACUGACUUUGCUUAAGGGCAUGUACUGUAGCAAUUAUAGUUAUUUAUUCCACAAUUUUGUACCUCCCAGAUAUUUAAUGUUAAAAUGUGUAACAUUGUUUUUACUGUUACAAUGUGUUCACAUGUAUCCCAGUGUCCAUAGAACAUAAUGCUAGUUCAAUUGGACUGUGUUGAUUUCUGGUGACCAGGAAUGACCCUUUUAUUUAACGAUUAUGAACAUGAACACUGUUUGACAUAAUUUCCUUACCUUCUCUUCUGUUUGUCCUGUCCUGUCUAUCCUGUCUACCCUGUCUGUCCUGACCUGUCUGUCCUGUCCUGUCUGUCCUCUCCUGUCUGUCCUGUCUAUCCUGUCUGUCCUGCCCUGUCUGUCCUGUCCUUUCUACCUGUCUGUGCUGUCUGUCCUAUCUGUCAUGUCCUAUCUGUCUGUCCUGUCCUAUCUGUCCUGUCCUGUCCUGUCCUGUCUGUCCUGUCCUGUCCUUUCUACCUGUGUGUGCUGUCUGUCCUAUCUAUCCUGUCUGUCUGUCUGUCUGUCUGUCUGUCUGUCUGUCUGUCUGUCUGUCUGUCUGUCUGUCUGUCUGUCUGUCUGUCUGUCUGUCUGUCUGUCUGUCCUGUCUGUCCUGUCCUUUCUACCUGUCUGUGCUGUCUGUCUGUCUGUCCUGUCCUGUCCUGUCCUGUCCUGUCCUGUCCUGUCCUGUCCUGUCUGCCAUCCCAGUCGUUUGUCAAAGACUAUAUUAUCUCCAUCACCAGGCUGCUGCUGGGCCUGGACACCACCCCGGGCUCUGGCUUCCUCUGCUCUGUGAGUUACUCUCUGGGUGCAUCUCAAUGGUCAAAAGUGGCUUCCUCUCCAGGUCUCAGACGGCAGGAAAGAAGACAAGGAAAGGAGGCCUCUGUAGACUAUUGAGAUGCACCCGUUGUACUGUACAGUAGUCCUAUGUGUGACAGCACAGCAGCUAAGAUCAGAAAAUAAACUCAGUGCAGGCUUUCUUUGCCUGUCCAAAUCCUUACAUUGACAGGUAAAAGAUACUCCACAAUCAUUUAAAAUCAUUGUACUGUUGUUCCUCCUAUAGAGAAAAUGGAAUAAGAAGUGACCUCCUUACCUUUUAGAUGCAGAUCUCCGAGGAUGACCUGUGGAUCCAGACGUAUGGAAGGCUCUAUCAGAAACUGUGUUCCACUGUCGGUGACAUUCCCAUCGGCAUCUACAGGACCGAGUCCCAGACAGCAGAUUCCUCUGUGGAGGUGCCCUCUAGACAUUGUUACAUUCAUUUGUUUGGCCGUGAAAUCCCAGUUAAUGUUGGAUGUUUUUGUGUUAAUUGCAUAUUACAGCGGAAUUGAUUAUACUGUCAUUAGGGUUCAUUGAAGUUAUUCUGUCUUGUGUGUGGUUUUUCUUUUCUCAUUUGUUACAUAUACAUGUUUAGUCUGUAUGCUUUCAUGGUUAUUUAAGCAUGUUACAACACAGUAAGAUACAUUGAUGGCAUUCAUCUCUUUCUUUUUCAUUCCCCAUCAUAAGCAAUGCGAGCCAUCCUCCCAAAUAAGUUCAGCCCUAUUUGUGGGAUUCCACGAUUCGCGAAAACCAAUCGAUUUAUUUUGUCCGACUAAAUCCAAUUUUUGUGCAGAUGAAGUAGGUUUUCUUCCGCUGUAAUGGGUCUUGGUUAAAUUGUGCUUGAUAAACUGGGGUGAGACUUGCCACUGGUGGUUAUAUCAGGAAGAAAUCAUUGUCAAACCAACUUAUACAUUCUCUGGCCUCGCUCUUGAUAAUUCACUUUGUUCUGGGUCGUUUCAUUUGACCCUAUUUGACUAUAGACAUACCAUAGACUUCAGUCAUGUACAUGGCAUUGUGUUUUGACCGUACUUAGUCACAGCUCUCGGUGGGCGUGGAGGACUUAGACGACCCCAAGGAGCAGAGAGAUCGAGAGCUCCCCCCUGUGGCCGGAAGGCUCCACCGCAGCUCCACCUCCAGCGACCCGUCGGACGGGAAGGCUCCCCUGCUGAGGAGGAAGAGCGUGCAGUGGGCAAGGAAGCUGAGCCGGAGGGGGCCUCGGGAGAACCCGCGGGGGGCUCAGAGGGGGGGCCAGCAGGGUCUGAGGGCCAGACGCUCGGAGAGACAGGAGCUGGACGAGCUGGUCAGCAACAGGAUGAAAAGCCUUGGACUCUGGGCCACAGCUUGCGGUGAGAGACCACAUACGGGGAGGGAUGUUUUUUUGAGAUUGUGAGUUGGAUUUCCAAGGCCUGGAACUAAAGGCAAAAUAUGUUAUGUUAUGUGUUUGAAACACAACACUCAGGCUUUAUGGAUGGAUGGACGGACAGACUAACAACGGAGAUGAUUGUCAUUUAAUACACUAUGUCAGCCUUUUGACAGACAAAACGGACAUGAAUGAAUGCAUACCUUUUAUUCCGUAACAUGUGGCCACAGCUGAAGCAACUCAGAAGGAGAUUGCAGACAAAUCUAAUGUCCAUCAUCUGUCAACAUAUCCUUGACAGAAACCAUGGUCAUCAACAUUUUCUGAACAUUGAAAGCUGUAGCUAGAUCAUUGGACUUUCCACUCUGCUGUCAGAUUUUCUGACCAUUCACCAGAGGCACAUGAGUGAGACCAGACACUCACGUCCACAUACUGUACAACCGCACUCCAUGAAAACCAGGCUGGAACUGACAUUCUGACAAUGUAAUGUAUGCAGAUCAUGGAAGUUAAGGCCUGAAGAAACAUUUGAUUAUGUUAACAUUCCAGUAAGAGUGAGAACGAGACAAUCAACGAGAAGAGUUUCAAACUCCAAUACACUCAGCCAUGUGACACAAACUGACAUGUAGCUAACUAUGAGUACAUGCCAAGUAGCUACUCAUACCUAGUUCAAGUAUUCCAACUACUCCAUAAGUACAGAAUCAGAAAGUCACAUCCAAUUACAUCAUAGCUACUCCAUAUUACUCUCCAUAUUACUACUCCAUAGUACAUCCAUAUUAUAUCAUGUACUCCAUAUUCUACUCAUAUUACUAUCCAUAGUACUCCACAUUACUACUCCAUAGUACUCCAUAUUACUACUCCAUAUUACUACAUGUACCAUAGUACAAACUCCAUAUUACUACUCCAUAAGUACUCACCAUACUACUCCAUAGUACUCCAUAUUACUACUCCAUAUACUAUCCAUAGUACUACUCCAUAUUACUACUCCAUAGUACUCCAAUUACUACUCCAUAGUACUCCAAUAUACAUAACUCCAUAUUACUAUCCAUAGUACUCCAUAUUACUACUCCAUAUACUAGUCCAUAUACACUAAACUCCAUAGUACUACUCCAUAUACUCCCUACUCCAUAUUACUAUAUCCCAUAUUACUACUCCAUAUACUACUCCAUAGUACAAGACUCCAUAUUACUACUCCAUAUUACUAGCAUAACCAACAGUAUACUCCAUAGUUACUACUCCAUAGUAUCCAUAUUACUAUCUCCAUAGUACUCCCAUAUUACUACCCAUAGUACUACCAUAGUAACUACCCCAUAUUACUACUCCCAUUAGUACUCCAUAUUACUACCCACUUCCCAUAUGACUACUCCAUAUUACUACUUCCAUAUUACUACGCAAAGUACUACCCAUAUUCUACUCCAUAUUACUACCCAUAUUACUCCAUAUUACGACCCAUAUGACUACUCCAUAGACUCCAUAUUAACUAACUCCAUAUUACUACUCCAUAGUACUCCAUAUUACUACUCCAUAUUACUACUCCAUAUUACUACUCCAUAUUACUCCACAUUACUACUCCAUAGUACUCCAUAUUACUACUCCAUAUUACUACUCCAUAGUACUCCAUAUUACACUCCAUAUUACUACUCCAUAGUACUCCAUAUUACUACUCCAUAUUACUACUCCAUAGUACUCCAUAUUACUACUCCAUAGUACUCCAUAGUACUCCAUAUUACUACUCCAUAUUACUACUCCAUAGUACUCCAUAUUACUACUCCAUAUUACUACUCCACAUUACAUUACUAUUCUGCGUUACAACUCCAUAUAACUGACAUUCACAUAUUAUUGUGUCACUUAACCUAUGUUUGGGCACCCAGUGCCUUUAUUAGUAAUUGAAAAGAUCAAACCAUUUAGAGUCGGAGAGGAGAGUUCAUCAUUUCACUUAAUUGCUUAUCAACAAUAGAUGGAUUAAGAAGUACUCCAUCCUAUCUUACAGGUAUAUCAUCCGUUCAGAUCCCCUGGGGUUCGUCCCUAAGGCUGGUGACAGCAGGGAGAGUCUGGGAAGCAACACAUGUCUUGGGGAGCACACCAAGAUGGAGACUCCUUUCUGA